AAAUGAGUUUUAUUUUAAUGUAAGUAUUUAUGUUAUAUUACACAACACGAAAUAGUAAACUUUAUCAGAAUGUAUUAAGGUUAAUUUCAUCGUAGUUAGUUAUGGCGGACUAUAGCGGUCAAAAAGUUAACGGUUAAGUAACAACUAACAAACAACAGCAGUUCUUUUUAAGUCAUUUUUAGUACAAUGUUGUAUGGUUUACGUAAUUUUUCUUUGUACAAUCAUAACUUUUAACUUACUUACAAGACAAUAAAUAUCUAAGGAGCUCAAACUAAGUUCGAGUUGAUUUCCAAGGGAGUUCAGUACUUUGGCCACCCUCGGUCUUCGGUCUUUAUUUUGAAGUUACGUAGGUAUGUUAAAUUUGAGCUCAAUUGGAAACUGGAAAAUGGGUCAAAUUAAAUUGAUAUGAUUAGAUUUUUAUUACAAAAGCAUAGAGGUUAUUUUCAUCUGAAUGUAACAGAUGAAAUUAAUAAAAAACAUGUUUAAAAAACGUUAAUACUGACUGGAAUCCUCCUAUUUUAUGUAGGUAGGUUAUGAUUUCAGCUGUGAAUGGGUAAAAUUGUUCUACUCCUGAUUUUAACUUAACGGGUUCGUGAAACUUUGGUAUUGUUAGAUUAACGGGUAGUCGAAACUAAAUGCUAAGAAGCAGAUAAAAUGUGAAAAAUAAAAUAUUUUGUAACAAAUGUACUUCCGUAAAUCACGCUGGUUAAAACGUAACAAAAUUAUAAAUGGGCAUACCUAGUGCGUCUUUUUUAACAUUUAAGAUCUUUAUUUACAUAAUAGAUAUAUACAGAGGUAUUACUAUAACUAGCUUAAAUAUAAAAUAGGCCCUUGAGGUAUUGUACCCAGGAUGUUGGCGGCAUUGUCGACGUGUGUCAUGUGUCGACGACGUCGUGCGUGGAAACCGCCAGCUCUUCGGUCAUCACCAUCAGUUACGUCAACCAGACGCUUCGCGAUUUCUGCAUAAAGCUUGUGCGCGCUGGGAUCCCAUUACCACUAGAUUUUCAACGCCAAAUAGUACAAAAGGUGCUCUCUACCAACGCUCUUAUAUUUAUUACGUUUCAAAAUUUCGGCGCUUUUAUUUUAAAAAUGUAUGAUUGUAAUUUUAGCUCAGUCACGGCGUAAUCACACCAAUUUAGUCAGCCUGUAUAACUUUAUAUGCAUUUAAAAGCAAUAUAAAUGAAAAAUGUGUAUUCAUUCCGAUCGCGGACUGCAUUUAUUGAAGUACGAUAUUUUUCACCUCACUGAUUUUUGUGCAGCCCUAUAGUCGGCGGUUGCUAUUUAUUUUUUACAUACUAAAAUAAUAAAAUUCUUCAAAGUAAUACCUGUCUAAAUUAGUCAUAAUAUAAAACAGUAAUCAAACAUUUUAUUCUUAUAUUAUUGACUGUGUGAUCUAAUUUAAGCAAUGGCUCCGAUACCACAAGAAGUCCCGAGCGAUCUCGGCGAGGUACCGAGCGAGCGCAGCGAGGGCCUAGACGGCAACCGAGUAGUGAUCUCCGGCGUGUCGGGUACCUACCCGCAAUCACAUCACAUCAUGGAGCUCUCCGACAUUCUCUACAACAAGGUGAACCCAGCCGAAGAAAAGCAAUCUCGUUGGAACUACAACCACCCAGAGGUUCCACAGCACGUGGGCUUGAUCCCCGAUCUGGACACGUUCGACGCUCAGUUUUUCAGAGUACAUUAUCACCUUGGGGUAAACUUAGAUCCGAUGUCCCGGAAAAUUCUUGAACAUGCUUACCAAGCUAUUUAUGAUGCAGGAAUCAACCCCAACCAAUUGUCUGGGAAGAAAGUUGGUGUUUAUAUCGGGAGUUGCUUAUCUGAAACUGAAAAAGCUUUGUUUUAUGCAGCUUAUGCAGGCAAGACUGGUUUUAGUAUAGCAGGAUGCAGCAAGACAAUGUUCGCCAAUCGGGUAUCGUACUGGCUGAAUGCAAAGGGACCCUCGCUGGCUAUUGACGGCGGGUGCUGUAGCUCAGCGGUGGCCCUAGAGCAGGCUUACCAGGCGCUGACCCGAGGCGACUGCGAAGCAGCCGUCGUUGGAGGCUGCAACUUGUGUAUGCACCCACAGACUUCAAUACACUUUGGCAGAAAUAUAACAUUAUGUAAGGAUGGAAAAACAAAAUCCUACGAUCAGGCAGCUGAUGGAUGUGUGAGAUCAGAGGCUAUUUCCGUGCUUUUCUUACAAAAAGCUAAGGAUGCUUAUAGAAUUUAUGCCGAUGUUGUUUUUGUAAAAACAGCAUAUGCUUCUGUUGAAAGCACUGGCAGUUUUAAGCGGAAACCUGAAGAAAUGACGACAUUUCUAGAUAAAUUCUACGAAGAAAUAAAAGUGUCACCAAGGGAUGUAGAAUUCGUUGAAGGUUUUGGAGCAGCCGAUUAUGAAACUGAUAAGAUAGAACUGGAUGCGAUAGAUAAAGUUUUUUGUAGAGGUCGGCGCGAGCCACUGUACGUUGGCAGCAUCAUGUCCAAUGUGGGCUACUGCGAGUCCGCCACGGGUAUAAUGGGAGUCACCAAGGUGCUUUUGGGGUACCACACGGGACAGUUAGCGGGCAACCUGUACUGCGAGCGACCCCGCGAUGACGUGGAGGCGUUGAGAGAGGGCCGCAUCAAAAUCUUGAGCGACCAUAAGCCAACUCCAAGAACAUAUGUUGCAGUCAACGGUUUGUCUCUGACCGGUGUUAAUUCUCACAUACUUUUACAUGGACAUUACAAGCCCAAGGAUUUGACAAAAUAUCACAGCGAUAUUCCACGAUUGGUCUUAAUUUCGGGUCGAACGGAUUCAGCUGUGCAAAAUAUGAUCAAUAAUUUAAAAUCAAGACCUAUAGACGCCGAGGAGUUAGCUUUGAUUCAAAAUAUCCACUCUUAUAAAAUAAAUGGCCAUCUAGGAAGAGGAUUCACCAUUUUAGAAACAAACAAUGAAUCGAAAACUACAAGUCUAGUUGAAAAAGCAGAAUAUUUUGAUGGUGGUGAACGUCCGUUAUGGUUCGUGUACAGCGGCAUGGGCUCGCAGUGGGCUGGGAUGGGAACACAGCUCAUGCGCUUGCCGAUCUUUGCUGCUGCCAUAGAACGCUGUCGACGAGUAUUGGAACCAAGAGGCAUCGAUAUUAUACAUAUCAUAACGUCGCCCGAUAAAAAGAUCUUCGACAAUAUUCUACAUUCGUUCGUUGGAAUUGCUGCUGUCCAGAUUGGUUUGACUGAUAUCCUCUUACAACUGGGUUUGGUCCCGGAUAAAAUUAUAGGACACAGCGUAGGCGAGCUGGGGUGCGCGUACGCUGAUGGCUGCCUAACAGCCGAGGAGAUGAUCUUGUCAGCGUACAGCCGCGGGCUUGUCUCUGUGGAAACUCCCUUCAUAUACGGCUCCAUGGCUGCCGUUGGCAUAGGGUUUACACAAGUGUCUAAGAUGUGUCCACCGGAGAUCGAGGUAGCCUGCCACAAUGCGGCUGAUUCCAGCACCAUCUCAGGCCCGUCAGAUAUUAUGGGGCAAUUUGUUGCUCAGUUGACAGCUAAUGGGAUUUUUGCAAAAGAGGUUCCUUGCUCUAAUAUAGCAUAUCAUUCACGAUACAUCGCCGAAGCAGGUCCUGGACUCCUUAAAUACUUGUCAAAAGUAAUUAAAACUCCCAAACUUCGAAGUGAGCGUUGGGUGUCAACAUCUGUACCACAGGACAGAUGGAACGAAGACAUAGCCAAAUAUUCUUCGGCCGAAUACCAUACUAAUAAUCUCCUGAAUCCAGUGCUUUUUGAGGAAACUGCGCGAUUGAUUCCAAAGAACGCGGUGCUGGUAGAGGUGGCACCACAUGGCUUGCUGCAGGCUAUUCUUAGACGUGCGAUGCCCUCCUGCGCGCAUGUGCCGCUGACGCGCCGUGGGCACCCUGAUAAUUCUCGCUUUCUACUCGAAGCUAUUGGACAGUUGUUUAUGGAAGGAUAUUAUCCAGAUAUACGUCCUUUAUACCCAAAAGUCGAAUUUCCUGUUUCAACUGGAACCCCUCAUCUGUCACACUUAGUAGAAUGGGCUCAUCAACAAAAAUGGCAUUUGGCGUUAUAUGCGAGUCCAGAAAGAAAAUUGGCUUCAACCUGCACUUUCAAGAUAACUCUACACGAUGCUGAAUAUGCUUACUUACGAGGUCACCAAAUUGAAGGCAAAACGUUAUUCCCAUUUUCUUCUGCGUUGGUGUGCGUAUGGGACACACUCACAAUGGUUGCAAGAGCACCGCGGCGGGGACUUCCUGUGGAGUUUCGCGACGUGGAGUUUUAUUCGCAGCCAACUCUGCACGACUUGCGUUUGCUACGGCUUACUGUAGCCUUGCACCGCGGGAAUGGACGGUUUGAGAUCGAUGAUGGAAUCACAAAAGUAGCUACAGGUUUUAUAAUUUUGAAGAACACUGUAACGUCAGAGAGUACUGAAUACGAAGAAUUAAACGAAGACAUGUUAAAGACGGAGGAAAUAUAUCAAAUGUUCAAUGAAAGGAGCCACAUGUACCGGUAUGGUGAAAGUGGAUAUAACAUCCAAGAUGAGAAAAUGUUACAGAGCAUGAGAGUUGGUGACCUAAACUCUUUAGACUGGGUGACAGCCCCGGCGUCCGAAAGUAAUGGGAUCUUGGUACAUUUUGCUGGACUGAACGCUAGCGAUAUACUGACAGCUAAUAAACCAUUUGUUAAUAAAGAAACAAAUUGCGAAGGUUAUUAUGGAAUGGAUUUUAGUGGAAUUUCACAAAACGGGUCUCGUGUGAUGGGCCUACUGCGCGGUGGCUCGGCUCGCUCGCAUGUGCGUGCGCACCCCGAGUUGCUUUGGCCAGUGCCGGCGCAUUGGACUCUCGAGGACGCUGCUACUGUGCCGUUGCCCUUCGCGCAUGCACUUUACUGUCUUGCCAUCAAAACCCAGCUGAUGCCACGCACGAAGGUCCUCGUGAGCGGUGGCGCAGGCGCAACAGGACAGGCAAUUAUCGCGAUGGCGCUUCAUUUGGACUGUCGCGUAUUCGUCGUCGUUAGUCAUGCUGCGAAGAAAAAUUUCUUAAUGAAAAUGUUUCCUAAAUUGAAUGCUGACGAUAUAAUAUGUUGCCGAGACGACACGUUCAUGAAUCGCGUGCUGCCUGAAACUGAUGGAUGGGGCUGCGAGUAUGUUAUAUGCAGUAGAGGUGAUUACAAAGAUGCCUACCUUCAAUGCUGUACGCAUUUUGGGUAUACAUUGGAUAUUCAUCAAGUAAAAAAUAAUGAAGUGUAUUCGCUUAAAAUGGGCGCAUUGACCAAAGAAAGAUCUUACAUUCGUGUCGACUUUUCCAGUCUUUUUCUGCAUAACGACAUCAAAACUUUCAAGGUACAAAUAUGCAAUUACAUUAUUGACAGGGUCUUAGAGAGGCUGCAACACUUGGUGGCGGAGGGCAUCAGCGGGGGCUGGGUACGUCCGCUGUCCCGAGUUGUGUACGCGCCCUGCGACGCUACGCGCGCUUUUAGCUUGCUCGCGCACAGUCGACACCGCGGCCGAGUUAUGCUGCGCGUCCACGAUUCGCCGACAUCACUUGUGGAGCCCAGACUAACAUGCUCAAAAGCAUACAGCCAGCUGGUGAUAGGCGACUCGUCGGGGCUCACCAUGUGCCUGGCCUCGCGCCUGGUGCAACGGGGCGCAGGCGCGCUCCAUCUGCAGCUCGCCCACAUUGGGCCGCGUCUCAGUACACAAGUGCUAUCCUGGCGGAAAUUGGGCGUGAAUGCUAUAACGACCUCCUUAGACCUCGGGCAAAAUGAUUGCGCGUCAAACCUACUGAAACUAAGUUCAGGUCUGGGCCCAGUUGAAGGCAUAUUUGUAGUGAUGGCGAAACAACAGACUCGUCAGACACAUGCCCUCUAUAAGUCCCUAUUGGCCAAUUUGGAUGCAGAGACAAGAAAAGUGUGCCCAUCUAUCAAGUACUUCGCAGUAAUUGCUGUCAAUGCCUCUGUAGGAGAAGACAUUUGUGUCUCAAGGGCAGCAUAUCAGUUGCCUGCCAUGAUGCUUUCCUUAUCGAUUGAUGCAAAGGUUGACGGUAUUUUACCAACGUGUUACGGUGGAAUUGUUAAUGCAAUAGAGGAGGGUUUGCAGACAAUGCAACCUGUGAUUUUUGCUCAGCGCCCGUCUGAUAGCAAAGCUUCUCUUACAUACCAAAUAGAAAAAAUAACUGGUAUCACAAUAUCAGAAAAUACUUCAAAAAGCCAAACGUUGCAGGAUUUUGACUUAACUGCGGACAAAAUUCAAGCUCUUAGAGUAUUUCUAGACAACCAGAAUAUAACAAUCACCGAAAAUAAAUUGCAAAUGUUAAGUAUAGAAAAAUUACGGGAAAUUGUAGCUACGUCACAAGAAGCAGAUUACGCACCUGUCCGCGGCUUAAGUGCUUUCUUUCCCUUCGUUGAUUCUGAUGAACUCUUAGCCACGAUUGAUACAGUAGUGAUGCAAACACUUAUACAAGGCAGCGAUAUGAGAGAUGACGAGUUCAACGCUUCCGAAGCGUGCCUGUUCAUAGUGCCGGGACUGCAAGGGCUACACCAGCGGUACCGCGAGCUUUGUGAACGCUUGCAGCUAGCUGCAGUUGUGCUGCAGCCCGGACUCAACCAUCCCGAUGAAACUCUCCAGGAGAUGACGGCUAGAUAUGUCACGAUGUUUCUAAAGAAAAAAGGCGGGACAAAUAAAUUUUAUUUAUUGGGUCACGAAAUAGGUGUACUGUCAGUUCUCGAAAUGGCUGCCGAAUUGGAAGAUCAUGGAAUGACGGGCACGGUGUUCUGCUUGGGCGGCGGGCCGGAGCAAUUCUUAGACGAGCUGGAGCGGCAGCUACUUGUGGCGUGCGAUGGCGCAAUCGAUUCACAGUCGAUUCUCCAACAGGCAGUUGCCCGUCACAUGUGUACACUCAUGGGCGUCUCGUCAGCUCAGUUGGAUGCCGCGCUACGUGAAGCGCCAACAUGGCAACAAAAGAUAGACGUGAGCGUACGCGCGCUACGAGGGCGCGUAGCACACUCAACGCAGUACGCGCGCUUGCUUAUAGAGGCGGCGUAUGCACGAGUGAUGCAGGCGUUGCAGUACAAACGGCCAUCACCACGCGUACUUGAAUCCCGUAUAGUACUCCUACGCUCACCCACUGCCGAUUCGCCUGUUGUCAGCCCGCUCGAACUGCAGCGCUACUCGCGCACGCCUCUCGUCGUGCACGACCUGCGCUCGCCGCCCGCACAUGCAACCGAUGACUUGCGUGCCGCUGCUAUCAUCAACCGCUAUCUUGACGAGGAAACAAAACAAUGCUUUGCUAGCAAAACACUCUGCCAUACGUAUUUGAUGAAUCCUGAGUCGUUUAUUGGUAUUAGUGAUUUUGAGGAAGGUAGCAAGAUAAAAAUAUAGAAAUCAUUAGUAUUUUACAUGUUAUCUAGGAUAUUAUUACAUUACGUACAUUUUAAAUGGUAUUUAAUGAAAUAAGGUGAUAUUUUUACAUUUCUUCGC